AUGGCUGGACCAACUCCGCGAGCUAAGCAUGCUCCUCCAGUCUCAUCCCCCCUUGUCACUCCCCGCCACAAACGUGAUCUUCGUGUUAGAUUUGGAGCAUUUGCUUGCCGCCCAAAGACUUCAAUCAAGCUUCGAAUGGCUUUCACUGCUGCCUUCCCUCUUCUCACCGCCUGUGCAACCCACUCGUACCGAGUCGGGCCUCUAUCCCCAAAUUCUCGCCCUAUCAUCCGUCUUAACCCUAGCAAAAAGGCUGUCAGGAUCGAAGUCUUCAAACGCAUCAGGCCGGCAGUCAAGCCACGUCCUACCCCUCUCAAGCGUCGCCGAGCCGCUGAUGAUGACCAGGGACCACCCAAGAAGCGCAGGAAGUGAAUCAUAAACUCUUGGCUUCCAAUUUUCUUUCUAUUCUGUCUUCCUUCAAUUUUAAUUCUUCAAUCAUACUAUGGCCUCCUACUCUACACACACACCAUCGAUCAUGCCACUGAUUUUUCAGUUUUAG